CAUUGGCUCGCGGAGGGAUUUGCAAAGCCAAUCGAUGGCUACGGACGCGCGACCAGCGCGAAUCGCACAAGUUGGAAGACGAGCGACGAGCGAGACGCAGCGGCGAGGCGAGCGCCAGGCCGGACGUUCGACGGCAACUCUUGAGGUGUGUUGGUGGUAUUUUCAAAGCAGGAGAAACAAAAAACAAGAAAAAAAGAAACAGCGGUGCUGAAAGCGGCUCAUGAUGAAGAAAAGUCGCAGUGUUCAAGGAGUCACUUCGGGAGAUGAGGAGAAGGAUCCUUCUGCGUGGCAAUUUCCCUCGGGCGGCCCCCUCGCAGUAGAGGUGUGCAAAGUCCAUCGGCGCUUUUCUGGCAACCUGCAGCUGCCUCCGUUGUCAUGGCGACAGGCCGAGCAGGACAGGGAAAGGGGAAGUUUGCCAUCCCCGCGGGAAGACCCGGUGACUCACGCCAGGCCGACAAGUCUACCUAUUGCUUCUCUCCCCCGGAUUGACAUCACAAAGGCGGACCCCAACAGCUUGGAGGGAGAGAAUGGCCCGUCGUUGCGCUGUAGUCCUUCGGAUCCACAAGCGUCCCCGGGUUCGGGCUUGGCUCUUCAUCCCAAUCUGGCCAGCCAAGGCCAGCGUCGAGAGUCCUUCCUCUACCGCUCCGACAGCGACUACGAAUUGUCCCCCAAGUCGCUUUCUCGGAACUCUUCCAUCGUUGGAGAACUCCACGGGGAGGACUUGAUUGUGACUCCUUUUGCUCAGGUUCUGGCAAGCCUUCGGACUGUCAGGAACAACUUCACCACAUUGACAAAUGUGCAAUGUGCAUCUAAUAAGAGGUCUCCUGCUGCAAAUCAGCCUUCUGUCACUAAAGUCUGUUUGUCAGAUGAGUCUUACCAGAAGCUUGCUAUGGAGACCAUGGAGGAGCUGGACUGGUGUCUGGACCAGUUGGAGACCAUCCAGACCUACCGCUCUGUCAGUGACAUGGCAUCUAACAAGUUCAAAAGGAUGCUGAACCGGGAGCUGAGCCACCUGUCCGAGAUGAGUCGCUCAGGCAACCAAGUGUCAGAGUUCAUCUCCAAUACCUUCCUAGACAAACAGAAUGAGCUGGAGCUUCCGUGUCCCGUUCCCAAGUCGAGGGAAAGGAAGCGGCGGCAAGGCCGGCAGCAGCAGCAGCAGCAGCAGCAGCAGCAGCAGCAAGGUGGGAUGACCACGCCGAUUGGCGGGCGGAGAAAGGUCAGCUACACGCCCUGCAUCUCUGGAGGCACCAACAAUCGCUUUGGGGUCAAGACUGAUCAGGAAGAACUACUGUCAAAGGACCUGGAGGGCAUCAACAAAUGGGGACUGAAUAUCUUCAGGGUGGCAGAGCACUCUCACAACCGGCCGCUCACGUGCAUCAUGUACGCCAUCUUUCAGGAGCGAGACCUGCUGAGGACGUUCAAGAUUCCAAGUGAUACUUUUGUGACGUUCAUGCUCACCCUGGAGGGCCGCUACCACUCUGACGUGGCCUACCACAACAGCCUGCACGCGGCCGACGUCGCCCAGUCCACUCAUAUCCUGCUGUCCACUCCAGCGCUGGACGCUGUCUUCACUGAUCUGGAGAUCCUGGCAGCUAUUUUUGCAGCUGCGAUUCAUGACGUGGAUCACCCAGGAGUUUCCAAUCAAUUCCUAAUCAACACAAACUCCGAACUGGCUCUGAUGUACAACGACGAGUCCGUGCUGGAGAACCACCACCUGGCGGUGGGCUUCAAACUGCUGCAGCAAGACAAUUGCGACAUCUUCCAAAACCUCAGCAAGAAACAGAGGCAGACACUGAGGAGGAUGGUCAUAGACAUGGUUUUGGCAACUGACAUGUCGAAACACAUGAGCCUGCUGGCGGACCUGAAGACCAUGGUGGAGACCAAGAAGGUGACCAGCUCGGGGGUCCUUCUGUUGGACAACUACACAGACAGGAUGCAGGUUCUCCGUAACAUGGUCCACUGUGCGGAUCUGAGCAACCCCACCAAGCCUCUGGAUCUGUACCGGCAGUGGACGGACAGGAUCAUGGACGAGUUCUUCCAGCAGGGAGACCGAGAGCGGGAGCGGGGUAUGGAGAUCAGCCCCAUGUGCGACAAACACACGGCUUCGGUGGAGCGGACGCAGGUGGGCUUCAUCGACUACAUCGUGCAUCCUCUGUGGGAGACGUGGGCCGACCUGGUCCACCCGGAUGCCCAGGACAUCCUGGAUAUGCUGGAGGACAAUAGGAACUGGUACCAGAGCAUCAUUCCCCAGAGUCCUUCCCCUCCAUUUUACUCUGGUGAAGGGGGCGGGGGACCUCACGUGGAGGCGGAGGGCGCUCCUGUUGCCGGCAAAUUUCAGUUUGAGCUGACGCUGGAUGAGGCGGAAAGCGAGAACCCGUCUCCGUCCGAUGGCGUCCGACUCCGAGGUCGUUCCUCCGAUCGAGACGGUUCUCCGGCCGAGACAUAGCCGGUCGGUCGGUCGGAAGGGCGCGGCGCGGCGCCUUUUUGGCAUUCGUUGAAUUGCAGUAGAGCGAUCCUGCAAUGUGCGGCUCUUUGAAGCUCCCUUACUGAAUGUGGAGCACCCCUGCCGAUGAGGCUCGGAACCCCUGCGGAAGUUUAGGCGGGGGGGGGGGGGGGCUUCUGCUGAACUUCAGAAGCUUGGGAAUGCGCCGGCUGUCACGGACAAAGAAGGGGAAGUGGACAAUAUUCAUUUGUGUACUCGGACAAGUCAAACAUUCCCAACUUGCACUUCUUCAGGACAGGACAAUUUCUUUGAAAAAAACAACAACAACUUUGUGUUGUGUUCGGAUUAAGUGUCCAAUCGAGACUACUGCUCAGCAAGUUAUUUGUAACCAAGCCCUUUCUUUUUUUUUAACACGUCUUAAAAAUGAGUGGGUGCCUUUUUUUCCAUUAUUGUUUUUUUAUUUGUAUUUGUAUUUGAUUUUUUUUUUUUUUACAACCAUAUCCUUUUGUAAAUGUUUUUCUAAUUUAUUGAACACACUGUAGAAUGCGUCCCGUGUUCUACGGAGAGGAUAUUUGUCUGCCUCACACGGUCUUCCUGAUAUCGGUCCUGGCAAGUGUCAGCCGGUUCUCACUCAAGCGUUCGGCGGCCGCGUCUCAAAACCAAAAAUCACUUUGACUUCCCGGCACACUUUGCACUUUGUGGCCCAAAGUAUCAGAGAUUCAACAUGUGAAACCAAAAUAAUCAUUUGUAUGUGUAUUUUACUCAUUUUUCCAAUCCAAAGAGAUUGUAAUGAGAGCACUUUGAUGGGUUCACGUAAGGAGGAGGAUGACAUCAGGCAAACAAAAGCCAACAAUAAGUGGAAGAUUCUUGCAUGAAAUCCCCCAACUUUGCUGAACCGUUUAUGUCAGCUCUGAAAUGUCUUUUCCCCUUCCACGAGGUCAGCGCACACCUGUUGGAGUUAGCACCCUCCAGUCCUGGGAAUUCACUUCACACACUGACUCAUUCUCAACUUGAAACGACCGUAGACACGCGUGUGCACAUUUAACAGCAUGUCAGUGAUUUAAUAAAUGUCUCUCGUAGUUUUUAUUGCGGCACUUUGUCGACAGUUCUGCAGCUGGUUGCUGAUCUGUCGACACUACCUUCAAGGUACCACGUUGUUAAGUGCAACCUUCAGUUCAAGGAGCAGUUAGCGAUCAUGUCGUCAUGAUGUGAGUCGCUUUCUCCUGUGUGUGUGUGUGUGUGUGUGUGUGUGUGUGUGUGUGUGUGUGUGUGUGUGUAAAAUGAUCACAGAAUUGCACAGAAUCUUGUUGCGUCCGGCCGCGUAGUGCUGACCCUUCAGAUGUUUGUAACAGUGUAUUUAUUAUCUUUUCCUUGUACAGUAUCCUUCCGAAUCGUCACUGUAUAUUUGUUAUUUAUAUGCACUACCACAUGUCAAAGUCAGUUUUGACCCAACUCGUCUGGUGGAUCUGUUGAAUUGCGCUCAGAUAUUGUGUUGGAAGACCAUGACGUGAUGUCACGCAGUUCCAAUUGGACCUGUUCGAGAAGUACUGUACUUUUUGGCUUGGCGUGAGAGAUGUUUGGACCCGCCUCCUUUGGGGUGCAGAAUAUGUUUCGCUCAAAUGGAAGCGCUUGACUUCAGGAUCACGUGUACGGUGACGGGGUCAUUGUACAGCUCGGAAUAUUUGUUGAAUUGACCAUCAAAUGUAUUUUUCCAGUGUUUUUCUUCACAGUAAUGAUGGUUAAAAUGGUAUCUGUUGUGUUCAACAAAUGUUUUCUAUCAGAUUAUUAAAAUGGGCAUGUAUUACAUUUA